AUGUCAAUGCAAACGGCCCCCCUUGCCUUCCGUUACCCUCCCCUGGCCACCUACCCACUAUGGAGUUGUGGCCGAAGGGAGCAGAGGUCCCCCCCCAUACCCCCCCGGGACUGUGACUGCUAUGGAGUUCAUAGGCGUGGCCUGCGCCAUUUGAAACCACCUACAGAUUCAUACAUCUCUGCCACGCCUGGUCCUAGUCAAAAUCCUCCCUCUCCUGGCUGCUGCUCAGAGCCUUUGGCUCGGGCUGGAACCCUGCUGUUACAAUGGGUGCAAGAGACCUCAUCAAGUUUAGAAGGGCCGUGCAAAAUAUCAGGGAGACCUGUCUGUACCCACCCCGCCCUGGCACUGACGGGCUGCCCCUCCUGGCAGGUGUCCCUGCAGUGCGAGCUCUCCCAGCGGUACCUGGGUGGGGCCGAGGACAACGUCACCUGCUUUGCCCAGACCGUGAGUGAGGGCGAGAAGUGGAGCCUGCACCUGGCCCAGCACCCCAACGGGCACAUGCUGAACCCUGGCAAGCAGCGCUACAUGCGCUGUGACCAGCAGACCGGGCACAUGCGCUGUGACCGCGAUCUGCCCUGGGGGCCCGAGGCCAUCAUCACCCUCCACUUCGACCUCAAAGAGAAGAAGUAUGGGCUGCGGAAUGGAGCUGGGAGCCUCCUGGCUGCCGACGGCUCGCUGCAGGCCGAGCUGUCCCCUCAGACACUCUACUCCCUGGAGCUCCAGGGAGGCCUGCUGGCCCUGCGGGAUGCGGACGGCAGGUACCUGACUGGGCGUGAGGGCACCGUCAAGACCUUCAAGACGGACAAGCCGGGCCGCGACGAGCUCUUUGCUCUGGAGCCCAGCGCCGCACAGGUCUCGCUGCGCACCUUUGCUGGGGGCCGCUUUGUCUGCUGCAGGCCAGGGGCUGACAUCUAUGCCAAUGCCAUGUCCGUCGGCAACACAGAGAUCUUCCAGCUCCUGCUGAACGAUGUCACCAAACAGGCCUGCUUUCGCAGCUCCUCCGGCACCUACCUGGCCGCAGGCCCCAAGGACUCUGUGGUGAGCACCAGCACCCAGGACAAGGGGGUCUGGUUCUCACUCCAGUACCAGGAGCAAAGAGUGACCCUGCGAAUGGCUGACGGCAGACACGUGGCCACCAGGCCCAAUGGGCAGCUGCUGCUGGUGCCUGAGGCGGCAGGCAAGGAGGAGUUCCUGCUGCUGCUGGUGAACCGGCCCCUGCUGAUUCUGCAGAGUGAGGCUGGCUUUGUGGGGCUGUUCCCCGGGACACAGCGCCUGGAUGGAAACCGACCAGUCUACGAUGCCAGCACCCUGACGCUCGGCGAGGACGGCUUCUGCCACUUCAGAGUCGCCAACAAGUACUGGAGCCUGGACCAGGAUGGGCUGGUCAUGGCGAGUGGAGACCACCCCAGCAACUUCGUUCUCCAGUUCGUCUCCUCCAACUGCCUUGUGCUGAAGGCUCCCAACAGCAAGUACCUGGUGGCGGAGGCAGGGGGCCGCCUGUGGGCAGGGGCCUCAAAUGCAGCCUCUGCCACACCCUUCCACUACUGAGAGUCUCUAGCUCCUGAAAUAAACUUCUCUUCUGCUGUCCAAGCUCUGCCAG